AUGUUCUACUAGACCUGCCUUCUUGUUCUUCUACGAUGUUCUACUAGACCUGCCUUGCCGUUCUCCGGUUCUCCUGACACAUUCUUCUGCAUGGUGUCACACUUGGAGUCGGUGUGUAACCCGGGUUGUUGGGCAGAGAGUCUGAGCGGUCUGAACAUGCCCACCCUCCCUAGCCUGGGCCGCAUGUGUGGCUCCAGCCACGGAGACGACAUGGUGGUUCUGGACCGGGUCAAGAGGAAGAACUCAGUUCGCCGCAUGUCCAUCAUCGAGGACGGCCAGGUGGCCGAGGUUCUGUAUCUCAUCCCCAAGCAGUCUAUGAUGGAGCAGCUGCCAUUCCUCAACCCCAACGACUACAUCCUGUGUGAGAAGAUGAUUGGCGUGCCUGUCGAUUCACCGCCGGUGGCCCCCCAGGCCCCAGCGGGCCCCCGGCCCCCAGAGAAGCAGGCAGUGUGCUGCAGCAGGUGUGGGGAGCUGUGUCGAGGAGAGGUGCUGCGCGUCCAGACCAAACAUUUCCACCUCCGCUGCUUCACCUGCAAGGUGUGUGGCUGUGACCUGGCCCAGGGGGGGUUCUUCAUGAAGGGGGGGGAGUACCUGUGUACGCUGGACUACCAGAGGCUGCAUGGCACCCGCUGCCACGGCUGUGGAGACUUCGUAGAGGGGGAGGUGGUGACCGCGCUGGGCAAGACCUACCACCCUGCCUGCUUCAUCUGCUCCCUCUGCAGGCGUCCGUUCCCGGCAGGAGAUCGCGUCACCUUUAACGGGAGAGACUGUCUGUGUCAGCGCUGCCUCCAGCCCGCGUCCCCCUCCUCCCCCGCCCCCAAGGACUCCAGCAGCUGUGCAGGCUGUGGUAGAGACAUUAAGAACGGCCAGGCUCUGUUGGCGCUGGACACACAGUGGCACCUGGGCUGCUUCAGGUGCCGAGCCUGCAGCAAGGUGCUGAGUGGGGAGUACAUCAGCAAGGAUGGCGCUCCCUACUGUGAGAGAGACUACCAGCUCCACUUUGGGGUGCAGUGUGAAGCCUGUGGUCAGUUCAUCACGGGCAAGGUCCUGGAGGCAGGAGACAAACACUACCACCCCAGCUGUGCACGAUGCAGUCGCUGCAACCAGAUGUUCACGGAGGGAGAGGAGAUGUACCUGCAAGGAUCUACAGUGUGGCAUCCAGACUGUAAGAACAACAGCAGAGCAGAGGAGAAGUACCGGCCCACCAGGUGCUCCUCUGAGAGCAUCAGCUCCAGACCAGGCUCCAGCCUCCCUGGGUCUCCUGGACACACCAUCUACGCUAAAGUAGAUGAUGAGAUCAUUGAUUACAGGGCAUUAGCAGCCAUCCCCAGAGUGAAGGCCAUUUAUGAUAUAGAGCGUCCUGACAUGAUCUCGUACGAGGCAGUCCAACCCUCGUCCUCCACGCUGCAGCCCAGAGGAGAUAGACAGGACAGGCUCAGCCCUACCGAGUGCAUGGCAACCAGACGAGGCCCCUCCCCUUUACCGGAUCUACGUCACCAGAGAGCUGCUAGCCUCAGCACGCCCAGACGCACUGAGACACCCCAGUCCCUGCCUUCUGAACCCUCCCCUGUGCUUGAGGACAUCUCACCGAGGACCCUGUCUCCCUCAGCUGAGGGUUGCUAUGACAUGAGAGAACGCAUCAUGCAGAGAUCCACUAGCCAAGGAUCCAUCGGAUCCCCCACCGACUACAAUCGCCAUAACUACACUCCAACACUGUCAAGGUCGCCACAACACUUCCAUCGACCAGAUCAGGGCAUCAACAUGUACAAGAAGCCUCCUAUUUACAAGCAGCAUGCUGCCAUGGUAGCUCAGAGCAAGUCCGCUGAUGACAUCAUCAAAUCUGCCAAGUUCCCCGCUGCCCGAACCCCCCGCCCAGAUGAAACGCCAAAGAUCGAGACUGACUACUGGCCCUGCCCUCCCUCGCUUGCUGCCCUAGGGUCAGAGGGGCGGGGCCAGUUGCGGGACGAGGAAGACGAGGAGUAUCAGAAAAGACGUCAGAUGCAGGAGGAACAUCUCAGCAAGAUCCAGUCAGGCCUGGGGAAGCUGAUUCUGAAAGAGGAGAUGGAGAGAGAGAGGAACUGUGGUCGUCAGGGUCCGCCAGCCCAGUGCUCAGACCCCCAGCACACCAACAGCACCACCGAUCCCUCAGAUCCUAGCUCACCCACCUGCAGAGCGUCCUCCUUGCCAGGCUACGGUCGCAACGGACUGCACCGGCCCCAGUCCUCUGAGUUCAGCCAGUACAACAGCUCUGGAGAUGUCUCUGGAGACAGAAGAGGUGUUAUCGCCCCUUCGCCCUGCCCCGCCUGGCUCCUGUCUGUCUCAGGGUGUGCUGGGUGGAGCCCCCUCCACACCUCUGACUCUCAGCUCCAAGCCUUCACUAAAACUAGUAGCACUCUCAUCCGUGAUGGUCCGGGUCCACUAGCACGGAUGGACAGAGGAGUGUCCAUGCCUAAUAUGUUGGAUCUAAAAGUGUACCCAUACGAAAUGCUCACUAUCACCAACAGAGGGCGUGUGAGACUCCCCAGGGAUAUCGACAGGACCAGACUUGAGCGCCACCUAGCUCCUGAGUUGUUCUUCGAGAUCUUUGGGAUGGAGAUUCAGGAGUUCGACAGACUUCCUCUAUGGAAGCGCAACGACAUGAAGAAGAAAGCCAGACUGUUUUAGACACGGUCCCUGCAUGUUUUAAUUUAUCAAUCACUCCUUUUAUGUACAUACAUGUAGAUCUGUUUCUGGUUUGUUUGCUUUUGAGAGUUACAAACUAUGAAGGAGUUUCCUCUUUUUGCCUCAACAAAGGAGUCAUAAUUUCCCCCCUGACACCUGAUGCUAGAUUUUAGUUGUGUUUAACCUCAUAAUGACAGAGAGUAGAAUGAUGAGAAAUUUAGAAAUGUGUAUGUAUUUCUCAGAAUAAGUAAUCACCCCUUUGUAUAUUUAUCUUUCACCUAAAAAGAAGUAUUCCACAAAUUUAAAAAAUAUAUAUAUCGCCUGUCCUGUUUGUCAUCGCCCCUGACAACCUGACUGGUCGUCAUCCAGUCUUUUUCAUUGAUUCCUCCUUUUCCAAACUAUAAUAAUAUAUUUACUAACCUGAGAUGUUUCUACUCAAAUCUAUUAAAUUAGCAAUUUCCUGUACAUGUCAGUACACUUACAGUUUUGUAGGAAACAGAUGAUGUCACAGAUGAUGUCACAGGUCAGUUCCCCAGAACUUUGACUCCAGCUGCCUCAGGAGAAGCACAAGUUCACUAAACACAGAAAACAACACCUGCAGAAAACAACACCUGCAGAAAACAACACCUGCAGAAAACAACACCUGCAGAAAACAACACCUGCAGAAAACAACACCUGCAGAAAACAACACCUGCAGAAAACAACACCUGCAGAAAACAAUACCUGCAG